UGAAACCAGAGAACCGGGUGGGAGGAAGGAAAGCGGCUGCUCAGCUACCUGGGCUGGUUGGUACCCCCGGCUACUGGCGUGAUUAGCAACCGUUGCCGUUGACAGUUACCUGAGGAAGUACACCGCCAACGGUUACGUGCAACUCGCGAGCUCCAUCUUUGAAUUAAACCCAGAGGGUGAGUGGCUAGUUUGGCUAAUGGUCGCUAUGUAGCGUUAGCUAAUUAGCUUGUCUGGUAGGAUCCUGACUGACGUUAGCACCGGAGAACAGCCCCGUGAGCCGGCCUGGAGGAAUGAGAGUGGGGGAGUGAAGGAGGCAGGUGUCCCAGAAGAACGUUGGCAGACAAGUUGGAGGCCAGGCAAGGAUGCUGGAGGCCGAUGCAGAUGCAGCAGGUGCAGCAGCAGAGAGAGAAGGGGAGGUGGAGAUGGGGAGCGGAGACUUGAAGGCUGAGGUGGUGCGGCUGACUCUGGAGCUCCAGGAGGCCACAGAGGAGAAGCUACAGGCAGCCCGCUAUGGCCUGGUGGUGCUGGAGGAAAGCGCUGCCCUCAAGAUGAAACACAGGCAGCUGGAAGAGGAGCAUGAGGCCCUCAAAGGGGAGCUGCAGCAGCUCAAAGAGGCAUUUGCAGAUUCUGUGAGCAGCCAAAAGCGUGCAGCUGCCGAUGGAGAGUGCCGGGAGGAGAACCUACUGCAAGAGACCGCCACGAAGGAGGCUGCCAUGGCAACCCGCAUGGAAGAACUCCAGGCAGAGCUCAAGCAAGCACGCCUUGCUCUGAGCAAUGCCCAUGCAGAGAUUGAUAGGCUGGGGGUUGUCUCAGGCCAGCUAAAAAAGGAGUGUGAGUGUCUGGAGGCAGAGAAGGGCCAUCAGAGGGAUGAGAUGAAGGAAUAUAAAGUACGUGAACUGCGCCAGUUGCAGGACAACAGCGAACUAGAAGAGGAGAACAUAUCUCUGCAAAAACAGGUGUCUGUGCUCAAGGAAAACCAGGUCGAGUUUGAAUCGAUAAAGCUGGAGCUGACCCAGAAGAAUGAGGAGCAGGAUGAGUUACGAGCUCAGAUGGAGGAGGCAGCAAGGCUGAGGGAGAUAGCAGAGAGGCAGCUGGAUGAGGCCCUGGAAGCCUUGAAGGAGGAGAGGGAGCAGAAGAACUGUCUGCGGCGGGAGCUCUCCGCCCUGACCCUUAACCCCUUUGAUUCUGUGGGGAACCUGGAGCUCCACUUGGAGCAGCUGGAUGACAGCCAGGAGGAGGGCCAGGGGGGAGAGGGAGAAGGGGAGGGAGAGGAUCAGGACAGCGGCAUUAAUAACGGUCCUGGGUCUGCUCCCGGUUCUGCUCACCCUCCUCACUUGGGGGGCUCAAAAAGUAACGGCCUCAUCCAUCGCUACUCCACUCCACGCAACAGUGACGUCUUCCUGCGUGCGCCAGCGUCUGGGCUGGUGUCGGACCUGCUGAGUGAGCUGCACUUUUCAGACAGUCAGAAACUAAAACAGCAGCUCCUACAGGCAGAGCGAGAGAAGUCCGGUCUGGCUAGCAAAGUGGAGGAACUCCAAAUGCAGCUGGUGGUGACCAAACAGGCACUCAGUCAGCAAGAGGACAAGGUCGGAUCUCUCACCCAACAGCUGGAUGCUGUGCAUAACAGCCAGCAGCACAACCAGGACGCAGACGACAGGGGAGAUGAAGAGACAGAUAAUGGCAACGGUGGCAAUGCGGUCUUCGACUACGAAGUAGACACCAAGAGCAAGGAGGUGCUGGAGGCGCGCAUGCGGUCAGCAAGCGAAGAGCUUCUGAAGUUGAGAGAUGAACUGUCUCAGGCAGGCGCUCGAUACAACACCCUGGAGCAGAGAUACAAGCAGGAGAAGGACCGUUGGAGGGCAGAGGCCCAGGAGCUGGCCGACAAGAUCCGUCAGUGCAUCAAGUCCAGCAAGCAGGACCAGGAGCGCAUCAGCGAGCUGGAGAAGGAGAUCGGAGCCACACGGAAAGUGGCGAUUGAUUCAGAAGGGCACUUGAGCGUCGCCCAGGAGGAGCUGCUGGCGUUCUCUGAGGAGCUCUCCAACCUCUAUCACCACAUCUGCGUGUGCAACAACCUAACGCCCAAACGAGUCACCCUGGACUAUUACCGCGAUGGUGCCAGGUCAAGUGGUGCAGGAGGUAGUGCACGAAGAUCACACUACGUUUACCCCCAGCAUAACUCCCAGAAGAAGCCACGAGCCAAUGACAUGUUCAUCUCCAAAGCUUCAGCACUGCAGUUCAUGGGGGAGGUGGACAGUGCAGGAACAAGCACUGAAUCUCCCACCUGCCCUGGAUCCCCCACCCUGGAUUUCAGGGACCCUUCAAACGUCCGCAACUUGGUAGCGGUCAUCCGUUGCCAGAUCAAACACCUGCGGGUGGCAGUGGACCUCUGUCGUCAGAGGGGUGCGAUGCCUUACUCAGGGUUCAGCAGCAGCGGAGAGGCAGAGCGGGAUGCUGAGAGCCUCAUGGAAGAAGUCCUCAAACUCAAGUCCCUUCUCAGCACCAAGAGAGAGCAGAUUGCCACGCUCAGGACUGUCCUCAAGGCAAACAAACAGACUGCAGAGUUGGCUCUGUCCAAUUUGAAAACCAAGUACGAGACAGAGAAGAGCAUGGUGUCAGAGACCAUGAUGAAACUACGGAACGAGCUCAAAGCCUUGAAGGAGGACGCUGCCACCUUCUCUUCACUGCGAGUCAUGUUUGCCAGCCGGUGUGACCAGUAUGUCACCCAGCUAGACGAGAUGCAGAGGCAGCUGGCAGCAGCCGAGGAUGAGAAGAAGACUCUGAACUCUCUGCUGCGUAUGGCCAUACAGCAGAAGCUGGCUCUCACUCAGCGUUUGGAGGACCUGGAGGCCCCUCUGUCUCCCCACAGCCUGAACAGCAGCCCCCGACGCUCCCGGGCCAAAGAGCUGGCCACCAAGUCAGGCCGGGCCCCACGGAGCCCUCGAAGCAGUCCAGCGCGCCCUCCACUGAGAAGCAGUCCACGGGCCAGCCCUGUUCUCGGUGGCAGCGUGUCUGCAAUGGCCACGCACCACCUGCGAAGCUUAACCCGAAGCCUCCACACAAGCCCUCGCUGAAACACUCCUUCCAUUACUCCAAACCCCCUCUUCUCCAUAAGGACCUGUCUUCAUGUUGACUCCCCGGCUCCCUCCUCCUUUCCUGACUCAAGACAUCCUGUCCAUCCCAGAUAUGAUGCAACAUUCCCCCCCAGUCUACCCACCAGAACCAUGGAUUAAAAAAAAAAAAAAAAGAAUCUCUCAUCCCGUCCUCUUGGUUUUCUCUGUUGGAGCGGAGAAACCUGCAUGCAGCCUGGAGAAGGAUGAAGAGACAAAUGUGCUGCUCAUUGCUCUGUGAAGUCAUUGACUGUGUCUUGUCCCGAGUGGAUCCAACUCCCAUCUGGUCUUGUUCAAGGCUGCUGUGUGUUGUGGUGAACCAUUGACAGUAUUUAUCCCAGAACGAGAGACCUUUUGGUGUGCAGUAUUUACUGUCCUCAGACUCUGAUUCAAGGCUAUGAUCUGUUUUAAGGCUUUACGUCUUUACACUCUUGCCUUUAGUCUGGCUUUCUGGUCAGGCCUGUCUGGCGUCUUUUAGUGUCUGUAAGCCAUUAGAUCAUCUGUGAUAGCCCUCCCAGGUAGAUGUUUUUGUAGAACAGUACAGCCUUAACAUAAUUGCUAUCCCACAAGUAGAGAGCCUGCUACCAUCUUGAGGUUUCCCCUUUCCACUGGUGGUAUUGUUACAUUUUUUAUCCUGUUACAUCUCUGGCUCUUCGGCUUUUGCCCAUCAGCCACGCCCUUUAACUAGCGGUCAGUAAACAUUUCAUUGAUGGAAACAGAUCAGCCAUAAGUCCACCACCUCAGGUCAAAAAGAGUAAUCAGAGACAUGAUUUGGGAGAUCUUCAAUGCGCAUCUUACUUUGCAAACUAUGCAGACCAAGUCAGGACAGUGCCUGUAUACUUCCUGCUGUUCUUUAGAGUCAGGGUGGGUUUUAAAACCUGCCUUUCUUUUAGUAUACAGUGGCUGACUGCAGCUGCUUUAGCAUUUCUCUUAAUAAGCAGCUUUUGGACAUCAUCUGGAGGUGCCAAGGGGCACAAAUGCAAGCAUCCCAUUGGCUGAUAAUGUCAUUUCCUGCUUGUUUGGCUGUGGGUUUUAAAAGACUCAAGUGGCUUGGUUUACCUAAAACGAAUCGUAACAUAUUGGGCCAUGCACAUUUCUCUUGAUUACGUGAUCAUUAUAACAGUUCCCUUUCAGCUUCUGCUUUUUCUCACUUUGAACAGCAAAGCAACGAAACUCACGUUUUCUACUCCAUCAUGUCACCAUGCUUCUGUCUGCUACCAAAAUAGGCAUGUUGUAAUGAACUAGUAUUGCCCAUGACAGGCUAGUUCUCUUCUCCUGUGGCUACGGCAUCCAUUGUUUUCAUUUAGGAAUGCUAAUAGUGCAGUGUGUAGCAGGCUGCUGUUAGAGUCGCUGCUUGUAGAAAAAUUAAAUAAUACUGUCCCAUAAUUUUAAAAGCACUUCUCAGUGCUUAAUAUCUAGUGGUACAUUAUGACUAAAAACAAAGUAUGAAAACAAUAGGGCUCCAGCAGCAAGUGUUGCUGGGACCCCCUAAUAAAUUUUACUGAACAAAAAUAUUUCAGAGAGAUCUAACUCCAACCUGGCAUUAUUUUGCAAGGCAGAGCUCCUCAACCAGGGGCUCUUUUCUUGCAAAGAAAAAAAAACCAAAACAUGUAAAUACACAUGUACCUGCUUAUUACCCAACAUAGGCUGCUUGUAGACUAGUUUGAUGCCAGGGCUGUGAUUUGAGGACAGCGGCACAUACGUUAAAACUAAACACCUGUCUCAUUGAAUGCAGUCUAAACUCAAACUGAACCCACCCGAUGAGACCAAUCAUGAUCUUUAAGACCACAUUUGGAAAAAGGAUGUUUAAGAAAAGAGAACUGAACGUAAGAAAAUGUUGACAUCCAUUUUUUUGUAAGCUCAACUGUCCCGUGGUUCAUAGAAAAAAGGCCACAUCCUGCUGAUUUGUUUAUUUUUAGUGCCUUGGUUUUUGAACUUGUCUGUUGUUUUUAGACUACAUCACAUUUUCUGAAAUAGAGGCUACUAUUCAACACUGUAGUUGUGAUCUUUUUCGACGGUAUGUGUUAUUUACUCUUGAGGAAACUCAACGAGCAGUGUUCACACUGAAUAAAGCGAUAUCUCAUUUUGUUGAAAUGUUUUCACUUUUUAGCUGGCAUGAACCUAUUAGUAAAACUAAUGGAUAAUAAAUGAAGGAAAUCAAGUUGAUAAUGUAUCAAAAACACUGCCUCGCUAAAAAGUGGAAAUGCUUUAACAUUGUGUCCUGUUGUUUCGAAGUUUGUAAAUGGAUUUCUUAAUCUAUUUAAUUCACUCCGCAGAUGUGUGUAUAAUUUAAUUACCAUUGUUGUAUAAUAUUUUAACUGUAUUUAUGUGGUCUGCGUUCUGUGUAAAUUGUUCUAUAGGACGACAUGCACACACUCCGCAUAACACAUCUGAUGGUCCUCAACUUUUUAUGUGUAUGCAGUUUCCUUUCAUUGACCUGUGAACCACUUUUGUCAUGAAGAAUAAAAAACAAGCCAACACUGUA